AUGGAGCACGAGAGCCGAUCCCGGUCACAGACGGGACCCAGGCGGGCGCUUCCGUACGCUAGCACGACAUCAGCGGCUAGUGCGGUGUUCGCGUCCGCAGCGCGCUGUCGCCCGAGGCGCCUCGAGUGCGCUGGGCGUACCUUCUUCGAGUGCUUUGAGUCCAGCCUUCGCGAUGCGUUGCCUGAAGCCGACUCCACCGGCACGCACGACGACCCGAGCGUGUCGGAUAACGCACCACAACCGGCAAAGCUGGACGCAUUGUUGAUCGCUGUUCGCCAAGGCGACUGGUACCGGCUUUUGGGACUGGAAAACAUUCGAUACCUGGCCAGCACAGACGAUAUUCGACAAGCGUAUAAGCGGGUAUCCCUUGCUGUGCACCCGGAUCGAGUGGUGCGUCUGUCUCCGAACGCACGUCAGCAGGCGCAUGAGGUAUUCCAGGGACUCCAGCAGGCGCUGCGGGUGCUCCUACACCCGCAACGUCGCCUGAUUUAUGACUCGAAGGACGGAAACUUUGACGAUAGUGUCCCGGAUGAAGAGGAUGCGCACGAUGAAGCUGCGUUCUACGCAGUCUUCGGGGCAACGUUUCGCCGCAAUGCACGCUGGAGUUGCCGGCAGCCGGUGCCGCUUCUCGGCGAUGCCUCGACACCAGACGAUGAAGUGCUAGCGUUUUACGCGUUCUGGCAAGCGUUUGAGUCGUGGCGCGAGUUCCCUUCGGAAGAUGCGGAUCAGCUGUGGGAGGAUCAGAGUAUGACUCGCGAGGAACGUCGCUUUCAUGAACGCCAGGAGCGCAAAGCGCGCCUGCGACGGAAGCAGCUGGAGCGCGCACGUAUUCGGCAGCUUGUCGAGCGGAGUUAUCGGUUGGAUCCGCGUAUGCGCAGGAUACGCGAAGCUGAGCGCCAGCGCAAAGCGGCUGAGCGGGCAGCACGGCGACGCUUUCGGGAGCAGUGGCUGGAGGCAGCGGAUGGAGCGCCUGCGCAGGCGCAGCAUCCCGCGGAAACGUCAUUAUCUCAGAAUGCAGCCGUCUAUGGAGAAGCUGUGCGCCCUGCGUUGCGCACUGCGUCUGUGGAAGUAGACGCAGUGGCGUCGCAUGCGUCCACGGAUCAUCGAGUGACGCCUGGGGCACAGUGCCAGACACUGGUACAACCGCCUGGUGUUCAUGAGGGUACCGGACGUGCCGGGCGCGCUGAUGCGCUCGAAAGGCAUCAGAGGCAUCGCGGCGAGUUCGCAGACGCUGGAAGCACCACCAUGGAUGCGGGUGGCGAUGCAGCUGCACUCGCGACGACUGCCGGCUCUAACUCGUCGUCGCGGUUGUCAUCGCUCAGCGGAGACGCAGAGGGAUCGCACGAAACGUCAUGCGGUGUGGGCGGUUGCCGAAAUGGGGCAGCGACGAUUGCUCCUGAUGCCGCGUCUACGCAGCGCGCUGCAAAUGCGGAUGCAUGGAGUGCGCAGGAGCUGGCGCUUCUCUCGCGUGCACUGAAAAAGUAUCCCGCUGGUACGCGAGACCGCUGGACGCGCAUCGCGGAAGCGUUGCAGCACCGGUAUACGCCGGCUGAGAUACGGGCUCAAGCGCAGGCGCUCAUGCGGGCGCCACAGAGCGUUGGUCAACGCAUUGCCAGCCUGACGCCACCGAAUGUUGCUUCCUGGACGGUCAGUGAGCAGCGGCAACUGGAGGAGGCGCUGCGACGUUUUGGUGCUUCCAAAGGUGCAGCCCGGUGGCAGCUUAUCGCCUCCCUCGUUCCGACACGAAGCGCAGCCGCAUGCGCUGCUCGUUUUGAGGAACUGCGCGUGUUUUACGCGUCGCUGCAACAUUCGACUACUACUACUGCUACUGCUGCUGCUGCUGCUGCUGCUGCUGCUGCUCCUGCUGACUAUGAUCAUACUGCGGAUGGACAUCAGCGGACGUCACCGGUGACACUGGCGACACCAGCGAGCCGACCAGCACUGGGUGCGUUCUCGACGAAACGGGAGUAG